AUGAAAAUACCCAUGAUAAUCUCACAUGCUUGGAGCACAAAUCUGGAUUUUUUUUUUACUGUAUUAGCAGCUCCAUGCCUAUUUUUCCCAAGUGCUGCUGGUGUACCUUUAGGAACUUUCAGUGCACUUGGGGUCUCGUCGAGAUUUGUGGCAUAUUAUGGACAAGUUUCCAUUGUGAUGAUGGCCAUAAACUUCAUAAUGCUUUUGGAAAACAGGCACAGUCAAAUACCAAUGAUCAGAUUCAAAAUCACAAAUCAUCAAUUUCGCCUCGUCUAUUUUGCAGUAAAUUAUACAUUGGCACUGUUGUAUAUCGUGCCCUUUUAUCUCGAUAGUGAUGAUCAGUUAGAGUUGCGGAAGUUUGUUUUCAAAAGAAUUCCAUGUCCUGUCGUUGAAUUUUAUGAGAAAGGUACAUUUGUUUUGUUGAAAGGAGGAGAAUUUCUGCCGUUUCUGACGAUAACUGGAGGAUUGAUUAUUGUUUUGGGGCAAACGUUGUUCUUCUCAAUCCACACCGUUUAUCAUCUGAAUUAUGUGAAAAAUGCAAGUGUAUCAGAGUCCACGAAAGCGUUACAGAGGAGGUUUUUAAGAUAUGUAGCUAUGCAGAUGACUGUACCUUGGGCUGUCCUCGCUGGUCCCAUUUUUUACUCUCUUUAUGCUGACAGAAAUGACUACUAUAAUCAAGCAUUCAACAAUUUCUCGAUGUUGUUCAUGGCUAUUCACGGACUGCUCAGUAACUCUUGCGCGUUAUUUAUAAUCAAACCAUAUCGAGUAUUCGUUCGAAAUCUAAUCAAAGGAAACAUUGAUUUCAAUUCAACUGGUACAACACAUAAUGCACCUCAAAUUUCCGUUCGAUUAGGAAGUGUUUCGGAUUGA